GACAGUCACCGCUGUGUCCUCCACACAGAGAGAGACAGAGACGAGGCAGACAAAGAGAGCUCCAGCAUCCUGUGAGACCACUCUUCAAAGGCAAGACUUUGCUUCCCUUCACUGCACUGAAGAUCCCUGGAUCAGCAGACCGCCACCAUGCUCUGCUCUAUUUUAUAUGUGGCUGCACUGGCAUUUGCAGGUACUGCUGCAACAAGCCAGCCUUUUCCCAGGUAUGGUGAGAUGGACAUUUCCUCAUGCCCCAUCACUUAUUAUGGAAGGCAAUAUGACAAAGUAUAUGUGGCCUUCAAUGCUAGCAGGUCUUCAGUUUGCUUCAAUGGCAUCUAUGAACCUGGACUCCAAAACGACUGCAUUCUGAUGUCUAGAGGAACAGCUGACAGAGCUGAUCUGGAAGUCCUCACGCAAGAAAUACCCACUGGAUCUGGGGUCCAUCAACUUAUUCCAGAACUCAAGACUGCUGGGAAAUGUGUCAACCGCAUACCGUUCAAAGACAGCGAUGAAUCCAACAUUGAACAAAUUGAACUUGGCAACUUUGGGGCGCAAGCAAUUCUGGCAAUCAGGACUUACUCUGGAUACACACAUGAUGAUGUGGAGACGGAUGUUCAGGUCAACGGCCGCACAGUUUCUAAACAGACAUUCCAGACCAAUGAAACAGAUGUGGGUGUCAUUACAGAUGUGAGUGGAUGCAGACACUCAGGUGCUGUUUAUAAAACAGAUACAACAGUAACAGACCCGCGCAUUUGCUCUUCCGUUACUUGUGAUGCAAAUGGAGUUGCUACUGCAGUCAGUGACUGUGGUCCCAUGGAGCAUUGUGACGGCAAUGGCAGUUGCAUCUUCAACCACAUUUGCACUGUGACUGGCUUCAGCGUCAUCGAUUUCAUUGGUAGAGUCCACUCCAUUCCAGACCGCUGCGGGUACACUCUCUUGGGGUCCUCACCAAUGUCGGGCUUAAAGGUGGUGGGGGUUUUCCAGGAAAGGCGUCGUAAAGAUGUCAGUUUUUUGGAACAUGUGAUUCUGCAGCUGGAGAGUGAAGGUGUUGAGAUCUCUCUGGAACAAGGUGGCAGUGUCCUGCUGAAUGGCGAAGAGCUACAUCUUGGAACCGAAGCUCAGGUUGUCCAUGGUGUGGAGCUCUCCAAGGACUGGAGAGGGGUGACAGCAAAGAUACUUGGCAAUGGUUACACAGUUUAUAUCCACUUUGAUGGGAACACUGCUUACAUCCACAUUACAGGGGCGACUGCUGCACAGGUGACCGGUUUAUGUGGCACCGUCAAUACUACUGUAAGUGGAGAAAUGGCCUCUGCGCACAGCGCCUCUGGCUGUCAAGAACAGCAUGUUGAGGAUCCUGAUGCUACAGUCGACUGUGAUGCUGCUACUGAAUGGUGUAGUCGAUUGAAAGAGGCUCCCUUCACCACUUGCAGUGAGCAUAUUGACCCAGAGUCCUAUGUAACUGCCUGCCAACAAAUGCUUUGCAAAUACCCUGCAGUGGAUGGUCUCAAGUGCCAGUUCCUGCAGGCAUAUGUCAAGGGCUGCAGACUCCGCAACAAUGUCACAGUGGAGGGAUGGAAGUCAAAAUAUGGCUGCUCUCACCAGGUCCGCUGUCAGGACAUGUACUGCAGUGAUCAUGAGUUCUGUGGUGUUGCCUUAAAUGGGGAAACAAGUUGCCUCUGUCGGGCCAGUUUUGCCUCCAAGUAUGAACCAACAAACUCUUUUGGAGAACCGACAGUCUGCAAUGCGCAGGCUGCUUCAAUAACUCUGGCUAAUUGUCUCUUGGCGGCCACAAGCAUCAACUACACUGCCUUACAACUCAAUGACCAGUCCUGCAAAGGUGAACUGGAUAAAGAGACCCACAUGGUGACGUUCAAUUUCGACAGCAGUGACACUUGUGGCACAGUGGUUAUGUUAAACGACAGCCGAAUUGUCUACAAGAACACUAUUACGACACGGAACAGCUCCACGUCCAGCUUAAUCAAUCGUCAGACCACAGUGCAAAUCGACUUCUCCUGUUUUUACACUCAGCCGGAUACUAAGAGCUUGGGCAUCACAGUUAAAGACAGCUCUGUGACCCAGGAGAUUGUUUCAGGAGCAUGGGGUUAUAAUCUCACCAUGGAGGCCUACACCAGUCCUGGAAGCAAAAAUGCAAAAAAAAAUCUUAACGUCCAACUGGAUGAGAAGAUUUGGGUGGAUCUCAAAACGGAGGGGUUGGAUGGGGAAUUUGUUGCUGUGGUGACCGAUGCCUGCUGGGCAACCAACAUGCCCUCUCCAAAUGCAAGCCUGAGAUAUGACCUCAUCAUCGAUGGUUGCCCUAACCCUAUUGACAAGACUGUCAAGACGAUGGCCAAUGGAGUGGGAACAUCCAGCACCUUCUUUUUCAGUGCUUUCCAGUUCACUGGCAAGGAUCGCAAUGUCUACUUGCACUGCCAAGUAAAACUGUGUGUCAAGCAGCGGAAUGACUGCAUGCCGAAAUGUGGCCACCCCAAGAGAAAGGUCAGAUCUGUCAUGCCAAUAUAUGAAGAAGGAGCUCCUGCCCUCAUCAACUUGGCUUGGACUUAUUAAGGUUCCACUUGGACCUGGAAACUUGGACCAACCGAAGCUCAGGACAGAUUUCUGUUUUCUCUUUUUUCUGUUUUUCCUUUUUCCUGAUGAAAAAAAAACCCCUCAAAAAACAAGUGGUCAGAUGUAUUCACUAUAAACACUAUAAUACCACAUGUAAUACAUGUAAUAACCUGGAAUCUCAGCUGUUCCCUUUGCUAGCUUAAGAUAUGUUUGGUCUCUUGUUGGGUUCUGGGGUUUGCUUUACCAAAAUGUGUGUGCAAAGUUGAUUACAUGAGGUUAAAGAUUAAAAUUGGUGACAGGCCCACCAUGAUUCUGUAGAUUCAUUAUUGGUCAAGCCCAAAAAUGAACUUAAUCUCCAAGGUGUUUCUGCUAUUUUUGUAAACAUUCUUAUAUGAUCUACUACGGAAAACUUUUCAAGAUCUUGCAAGCAAUGUGAGUUUUUUGACUUUUAAUCAAUAAAAAGUAAACAUGGACUAUUA